AUGCCGAUCAAGCUACCCAAGGGCUUCACCCGGCGGAAGUCCUCUGGAAAUGUUCUCGAUGAGAUAGAACAGGCUCCCGAGUCGUCGUUUCGGGUAAUUGAGCGCUCUGAUGGGCCCACCAAGGCGAAGACAUUUGGUCCCAAUGAGGGUCGCUACUAUCGCCCAGCAACUGCGGAAUCCGACAAUAUAUUUGCCGGCAUAGAAAAGCCUCUUCCUCAUAACAGUGCUUGGCUGACAGUUGACAUUAGAGGGAGCGGGGGGACUCACAACUCGACCUCGACUACAGGUUUAUACGACAGCUCGUCUUCCGCCCGUUAUAGUUCAUCUUCAACCCUCCCUUCGUCUACCGACGUGCCUAUACAUAAUGACCACCUCACUAGAGGAAUUCAUGACCUGCCCGUGCCCCCGGUGCCAGAAUCCCCAUUGUUCUCUCUGCGUGCUGCCGGCCGUACCUUUUCUUUUGGAACAAGAUCGCAGCGUGCAUCAACUCCGUUAUCUCAGCAGCCACAACAGCCGUCCAGUGCGUCUUCAUCGGCCGCCAGGGACCGAGCCAUGACUGCAAGUUCAGCGAGCACGGCCAUUCCCCCGAAGUUGCUGGAUUCGGACCUGAGUCUAGGUGCGAAUAACGACGACAAUUUUAGUAAUAUGUUUGAAAACUUUGGCAAACGGAAAAGUGCUAUUCUCAUGGAAUCUGCGAGUUCGGGCGAUGUUAAACCGAAAGCUUACCCUACUUCUGUCAACAACGAACGAGGCGUCCAAUUGGCCCCGAUUAUUAUAGAUCGGAAGCAACCAGUCGAACCAUCGCCUUAUUCGUGGGAUAGCCAGACCUCAUCUAACUCACUAAUUCACGAGAAGAAAGAAAGUGAUGCGACACCUCGCGGAAAGACGGAAACUUUGGCACCCUCUCGUUCCAUUCUUUCUUCAAAACCUACAUCACCCAUGUCACCUGCUAGCGAAAACUCUACGACAUCAUUUAUCCCUCAAGGUGACGACGCUGAAAUCGUCCGUCAAUCUAUACUUCUAUCUUCGAACAAAAACCUUCAGCCCUCUACGUCCGGUAGCCCAAAUCCAAAUACAGAUGAAGAAACCCCGUUAUUCGAGAAUGACGAGAUUAUGUCUAGCGCACAUCUGGCCACACAAUACGAGCAACGACUGUCUUCAACGCCCACUGUUCAGAAUAAAGUUAUGACGCCAGCUCAAUUUGAACAUUACCGCCAGCAGAGAGAACUAAUACGGAGACUCAGCGACGCAUCUCACAGUGAUACCUCGGAGGCAGAAAAUGAAUAUGAAGAAGACGAAGACGAGGUGGAGAAGAGCCGAGAGGUAGCACGACAACGGCGCAAGCAAGAGGCUCAUUUGUCCGUCUACCGGCAGCAGAUGAUGAAAGUCAUCGGACAGCAAGUCCCUGCUACUACUUCUUCCGACUCUCAAUCCCUUCGGCCAGUAUCUGAACGAGGCAGUAUCAGCACGCCGAAUCUUCUUGCACGCACGUCAACACCUGGUUUGCCAUCAAUUAAACAGGACGUUGGAAAGAAUAGUGAUGGCGAGGAUGAUGAGAAUGUGCCGCUUGGAAUACUAGCUGCACAUGGAUUUCCCAACAAAAACCGACCACCUACUCGGCUGAAUGUGUCCAGCUCAAAUCCAAACCUUCGGGUAUCAUACUCUGCCUCAUCCGGCCUGGCCGCUAACGAUCAGGGAUCAGAUCCUCGAAACAGCUUACCUGUGUUUGCACGUAAUUUACCUCGGGACCCUUACUUCGGCGCCAGCAUUGUCAACGCUCCAAAUAGGGAAAGUUUGGCUAUGAGUGGUGGUGCUCCCGCAUUCGCAAACUCGCCGUCUUCGACUUCCUUGCCACCUGGAGGUCUGGUUGGUGUCAUUGCGAACGAGGAACGAGCACGGGCGAUGCGAAGAGGAAGUCCCAAUGCCCAAGCCUCGGGAAUCGCACGUCCAUACUCUGUGGCCAACAUGUCCCAGAUGAAUGUUGCAGGUCCUUGGAACAUGCCAGGAGCUGCACCUCAAUUCCAACCACCUCCAGUGAUGACGCCAGGAGAACAGGCACAGAUCCAAAUCUCUCAGCAAAUGACAGAGAUCAUGCAGGUCCAGGUACAGAUGAUGCAGCAAAUGAUGCAAAUGCAGGGUCUUUCGGGCGGACAACAGCCGCAGAUGAACCCCAACUUAUUGCCAGUUCCUAGUCAACCUACCAUGACAGGCGCGCGCCCGCUAUCAACAGCCUCAUCGUUCCAUUUGCCCUCUAACCCACCUCAGGUCGAUCAGCGAACUCUAAGCAUGUUGGAUCCCAACAUGUCUCGGUGGAAUCUUAACAAUCGGCCUGCCUCGAUACACCCAGAUGCGAUGGGUCGCCCCAUGACGCCUCAAGGAUAUACUCCCUCCAUAGCUCCUUCAGAACGCAGCAAUGUUGGAUUAGCCUCCCGGUAUCGGCCCGUUUCAGUCGUCGGGCAAGAUUCACAAAUACCUCGUACAUCGACGCUUACGUCGACCUUGAAACCAUGGAAUGAGAACCAACGCCCCAAGUCGGCUGCUAUGCCGAGUCAUUCACAGCUUGCAAACCGCAAGUCUACAUCAUUAGCUACGGUGACGGUUCGCUCUAUAAGCGCCCCGAGCCAAGAGACCCUCACGGGAAAACAAAAUCCCAAAGGAGCUGCUGCCUUGGACGAUGAUGACGAUGAUGAGGGCUGGGCAGAUAUGAUGAAGAACCGCGAGAAGAAGAAGAGCAACUGGAAGUUGAAAAAAGAGACAUCAGCUUUAGGAGACCUCUUGCACAUGGUUCGCUAA